UACACAUCACCAGAAAUGAAAAUGGCGGCGCCUAGCCAGAAAUUUGUGACACUUUGUCUUUUUCUGAAUAUUUGCUGUUCUAUCUUAAUAGUCUUAAUAAACAAAUGGAUUUAUACGAAUUAUGGAUUUCCAAAUAUAACAUUGACCUGCAUUCAUUUCAUUGUCACCGCAAUUGGACUGUUUAUUUGCAGACAAAUGCAAAUUUUCGAACCGAAAAGUUUGCCAAUUCGAGGAAUGAUACCACUCGCAAUGACUUUCUGUGGAUUCGUUGUGUUUACAAAUUUGUCGCUUGAAACGAACACUGUUGGAACGUAUCAGCUGAUUAAAACUAUGACAACACCCUGUAUAAUGUUGAUACAGACGCAGUACUAUGAAAAAAGCUUUUCACUUCCAGUGAAAUUGUCUGUGAUACCAAUUGCAGUGGGGGUAUUCCUGAAUUCCAUGUUCGACAUCAAGUUUAGUCUAAUCGGCAUAAUAUUCGCCACAGUUGGUGUCCUUGUAACGUCUUUGUAUCAAGUGUGGGUUGGGGAGAAGCAGAAGGAAUUCCAGGUGAACUCGAUGCAACUACUAUACUACCAGGCACCACUGUCCGCACUCAUGCUGGUUGUGGUGAUUCCCUUCAUUGAGCCAAUCAACCUCAGCAAAGUUUUCACCCUUUGGCCUCUGGAAACUCUGGGCAUGGUACUGGCCUCCGGAGUCGUAGCGUUCUCCGUGAACCUGUCCAUCUUCUGGAUCAUCGGUAACACCUCCCCAGUCACCUAUAACAUGGUGGGUCACCUGAAGUUCUGCCUGACACUUCUUGGUGGAUAUCUGCUGUUCCAUGAUCACCUGAACUGGCUCCAGAUCACUGGCAUCUUGACCACCCUGUCAGGAGUCAUAGCAUACACACAUUUCAAGAUGCAGGAAAACAAGGUACCCACCCCAGCUGCCAUCAAAGCUACUGUAUAAUUGUGCGGUUGUGGGUUAUUUCUUGCCCAGGUUUUGACAGACGAUGACAAAUUGAUAAAAACACACUUUUUGUUCUGCGCAUUUCUUUGAAGAAAAAGUUUGUGGUGUGGACAAUAUGAUAUCUACAACAAACGGCUAUGCAAUAUCUACAAUAAACGGCUGCGCAAUAUCCACAAAAAACAGCUAUUCAAUAUCUACAAUAAAUAGCUACGUAAUUUCUACAAUAAACAGCUGCAUAAUAUCUAGAAUAAACAGCUAUAUAUAUUUCUGAUGGUAUAAAAUUGAUGUUAAUGAACAUUUAAAAUGAUUUAGUUUAAUGAUGGUAAAUUGUGAAUGGUGUGGGACUUAAUCCAUGAGCGAGUGACUUUAUUUAUAAUUGUCUUUGAGGCUAAUCAAUAUUAAUUGCAUACUUGUGGUCAGAGCUCCAGAUAAGAGGCGUAUCUGUGUAUUUACGCAUUGAAAAAAAAAAACGCAUUAAAAAUAAGCCCAGUACGUAACAAAACGCAAUACUAUUCUUAGUACGUAUUUUAAAUCGAUUAAAGUGCGUAACCGGUUUAACCAAUAAUCCAGUUUAGUUUUUAGUGCAAGUUAACCUUUGAAUCAAAAGUAAGUCAAUCAAAAUAAGCUUGUAAUACACAAAUAGCGGCCUAUCAUGUUUGUUGAUCAUAAAAGGGACGUUUAAAGCGACCAGCGGCUCCUGCGGGAAUAUUUUAAAGAAAGUCUGUUCAUAUCGUACUUUAAAAUUCAUUCCGUUUAGAUUUAAUAAAUAGCAAAUAAUAAUAUUUCUAGAUUAAACACACCAUUUACUUUGUCAGUUGUCUAUGGAAAUGGAAAAUAACCCUAAAUAUUCCUAAAUACCAAGUAUGGCUGAAACAAAGGAGUAAAAUACGCUUUAACAAUAAUAUCAAUACCCUUUAGACUGAAUCCUUAUCUGGAGCUCUGCUUGUGGUAUUAGGCAUGCGGUGCAUUUUGAAAUGAAACCACUACUGUUAAUAUUUGCCAAGAUUUUAGGUCAAAACUUAAAUAUUGAAAUCAAAAUAUUAGUGUUUAUUAAUUUAUUAAAGUUAUAACACAGUGCAUGAACAUCAAUCAAAGUGUAUACAAAAAUAUUCCACAGUAUAUAUUUGACAAUGAUAUCUUCAACAGGAAUUUGUUGCAAACAAAAACACAUUCUUAUAUGUUUAUGAUUUUAUUGUUGCUUAUUGUUGGCUUUGGAAUCUUUUCAUUUUAGGCUCAAUCUUUUUGAUAAGUGAAAAUAAGUCACAUUCCAUCAAUUUGCUAGUUAUGUAUUUCGUUAAUUCAUUAUAUAUAUAGUUAAUAGUAAUGUAAAUUUGCUCUCCUUUUUAUUUGUUUUUGUUUUUUUAUUUUUUUAUUAUUGUGUGGUUUGCAUUUCUUUUAACUACCCAGGGGUCAAAUUAUUUUAUAUCAUUAUUUUAUAUUAUUUUAAAGUGACAUAUUGGUAUAGGUAUAUUUCUAAAAAUUCAAUAACUUGUUAAUUUGACAGUAAAAGUUAAUAGUUCUUUAUAUGUUAAUCCCUGAAUCAUUGCAGAUUUGAAACAAUUGUUUUAAUGGAUACACUAGUUUGAUAUCUAAAUGAAAAUGCAUACUGUUGUGUCUAUUUUGCAAUUCAGAUUUCAAACAAAUUUUAUUGUCAAUGUUUUUAUGACUAUAUUAUUUUAUUUUAUAUUUUGGUUUGUGGGUUUCUUAAACUUAAAUCAUUAUUGAAACAAAUGCAAAGGCAAAUAGUCUUGUUAACAUGCUUGUGAUUUUGUGAUCAGUAAUAUUUGGAAUGUAUAACUGGGUGUGUUGGUUUUAGCUCAUAAGAUUUGCUCAUGGUGAGCAUUUGUGGUUUCUUUUUGUCCGUCGCUUGUCGCUGGUGGUGUGUGUCAUUGUUAAUGUUGAGAAGGCCUUAUUUAUUGACCCUUUCUAUGAGAAAUUUCGUCAGGACAAUUUUUCGAAACAUAUCACAGCCGAGUUUGAUGGUUCUGGUCCAUUUUACAAGCUGUUUGCCAGGGGCAUGAGCAGUUUUCUGUAUUAAGCUGUGAUGAAACCUUGUCUAAUACAAAUACAAGUACAUGUAUUUUUGUAUUCAGAUAUUUGGAGGUAAUCACCUUUUAUUGAUUUUUAAAAUGUUCAAAGCUCAAAAACUGAAUCAAAAUGUAAAAACAUUGUUAGUAUACAGUAGAUGUAUUUGAAAUUGUGUACGAAUGUUUCAGAAAAAUAUAACAUGUAAAUUGAUAUUGUGACUGCUCAGGGGUUAAAAAAACGAUGAAAUCCAUCAAAUUUGUUCACUUAAACAAAAACGAUUUUAUAUCUAGUUGCUUAAUGUGUAGUGCUGUAUUGUUAUUUUUUCUAUUGUUACUCAUUUAAAUGAACUACGCUAAUUUUGCAGUCCUUUACUAUGAUGCAAUAACAAUGUGCCAUUUGUUUGUAGUUUUGAAUUCUCAUAAAGGGACAUGUUUGAAAGUCAAUUUGCAACAAUACUUUUUAUGGACAUUUCAUACGAAAACUGCAUUUUUGUUCAUCACCAUUAUCUUUUUGAAUGUUGAAUAAUUAGAAUUAUGAGCCAUUCAUGAAUUUUAUGUAUAUAUAUAUAUUACAGUUGCAUGUGUUCCAAAUUAUAAUUUUGAUAUCAAUAAGUUUGCAGGGAUGUGAAACAAAUUUUUUCCAACAUGCACUCUGUCUGUCUGUCCGUUGGUCUGUCUGUUGUCUCCAUGCAUGAUGAAUGAUAAGCAUUUGAUUAAACUUUGUAUGGAUCAUUCUUGUAGGGUAGACAGGCACACAAUUAUUGUGUUUUUUUUGCACAGUUUAGUUCAUACUUUCAGCAUUGGUAGCUUGAACAUUCUUUUGCAAAUUUAACUUGAAUGCUAUAUUGAAACUUAUAAAUGCAGCAUACAGUAGUAUAAAAUAAUAGUACAAUGUAUAAUGCAUUAGGUCAAUGUCAGCAUGAUGUUUUAAACUUUUUACUUUGCACAAAUUUAAUUCUUUAUUUGACCGUGUGUACUAUUCGGGAAUUAUAUGGUACUGUCAAUGUCAUGCUAGGGGAUAAAAGAUCUAAAUAAAACAUUUUUGUGUAGCACUUACUUUUACAACUGUAUGAAAGCUAUAAGUGGGGAUAUAAAUCAUUGUUAGUGAUAAUCAAGUUUAGAAAAGGCACUGUAUGACAAUGAUUUACAAUAUGGUGUACUGUGAUAUUAGCAUCAAAACGUAAGAUGUUUGACAAUUGUAAUGGGUGUAUUGUUUUGGUUUUAUUAUUUAUGAAUAAAUCAUGUUAAGUGGGAAA